AUGAAUAGAACCACAGCUGUCUGUUGGAUGGUCAUUCUGUUGGUAGCCAUCUUCUGCGAAAAUGCCACUUGCAAGGGAGGGAGAGGAGGAGCUCGAGGUUCAGCUCGGGGUUCAGCCCGUGGCCGCUUCCAUGCACCCCGGGUCCGGGUCAGAUACCCCAGUCGCUAUGGGUCCUACAGCUCCAAAACACGAGGGGCAGUAGCUGGAGCUGCGGCUGGGGCAGUAGCUGGACUUGCAGUUGGAUACGCGGCUGGAAGACUGCGGGGGUCAAGGCUGAUCUGGGAUGAGGAUACGCAGGGCUAUGUGAACAUGAGCUGCAUCCCAGUGAAAAACUGCACAUUCGAUGGAGGAGUUUACAGCUAUCGAGUCUGGACCUCUUCUGCCACAUCAUUCUGGCCUUCCUACAGCUUGUCAUCCAUUUGUUCCGUGCUUACCUUCAAAUAUUUCCAACUUUAA